CCAUCACAACAGCUGGAAAUACCACCUGUAGAAAUGCCUCCAGAGGAGCCCCAAAAUAUCUGCCAGCUAAUACCAGAGCUAGAACUUCUGCCAGAAAAAGAGAAGGAGAAGGAAAAGGAGAAGGAGGAAGAGGAAGAAGAGGAGGAAGAAGACGGCACAGGGGGUGAUCAGGAUCAAGAAGAAAGGAGAUGGAACAAGCGGACUCAACAAAUGCUUCAUGGACUUCAGAGAGCUCUUGCUAAGACUGGAGCGGAAUCUAUCAGUUUGCUUGAGCUGUGCAGAAAUACGAAUAGAAAACAAGCAGCUGCAAAAUUCUACAGUUUCCUGGUACUUAAAAAACAGCAAGCUAUAGAGCUGACACAGGAGGAGCCUUACAGUGACAUCAUUGCAACACCUGGUCCCCGAUUUCAUAUUAUUUGAAUGGUUAGAUACAGCAGAGCUAGUGUUUGUUUCACUAGUGCGUACACAUAUUGCCCCAUCUGUAGGGCCCACAAGACCGUUGCAGAAAAUUUAGAUUUUAUUGUCUGUAUAAAGUCCUUGGUUUUCUUUUUGGGUUAUUUUGGGUUUUGUAUUUUAAAUUUACCACUUAAAGUUUUAGUGAAACUGCUGGGGUGGGUGGCUUGAGUUCCAGCUGCAGAAACCAGACAACUCAAGGACCCAGAUGAAGAUUGUUUUAACAACUCAGAGCAGAUGUGUGCAAUAUUGGUGCAUGUAAUGUUGAGUAUCAAUGAAAAUGUCUUACAGUAAUUUGACUAGUUGAUUCAAUAGUGAUAUCUUUAACCUAUACAAGUAAACCUGAAUGGCCAACCUAUUGUCUGAUCAAAAACUUUGCCAAACUCGUCUAAAAUGUUCGGUCUGCUUCUCAUAGUAGUGGGUUUCUUUCCCCUUCUCUAGAUCUUUGUGCAUACUGUGGGUCUAUUAAAGCUGCCAAUAUGAAAGGUAGUGCCUGACAUGUCAGCUUGCUUUGUCACUGCAUUUUUGCAGUCAGAUUUUUUGUAGCCCUUGAUGCUAAGGGGAAACGGGUGUCUGUGGAAAGCACUUCCUCUACGUGAUACUGUUGCAUACAUGAAAGGACAGAACAUAUGUUAAACAUUUUAGACGAAACAUUCCUUUUCACUUAUCACCUCGUUAUGGACCACUACUGAUAAUGGCUAAUUACUGUUAAUAAGCAUCAAAUAAAAACUCUAGUCAUUUCAUUUAAACCUUUUAAGAUAUCAAAAUGCUUUAGGUUUGUUAGAGCUGUAUAUAAACUCCAGACUUUUUAAAACAGACUUCUAGAUUGUAAAUUAUCUGAUUUUUAUUAAGCAGGCAUAUGAAGAUAAGAGUAAGAGAAAUUGAACAGAUUGCCUUUGUAAAGAUGCUAAAUUCAGAUACCACCCGUACUGAAAGGGCAACAAACUUGAAUAUAUAGUACAAACAGGCGCAGUUCCACUUAAUUGUGUAGUGUAUUAAUGACUCUUUGGAUAUAUUUAUGGUUUUAGUAUCAAUUUUUCCAAUAAUGCACACUCCUGUGUUCAAAACAUUUUACCGGUUUUGCAAAAGAAGUCCCAUUUGAUUUUACUUUCAAAGAAUGAAGCUUUACUGUUAGACCAGAUAGCACCAGAAAUUAUGUGAAUAUGUUGAUUAUGGAAACCUGUCUUAACUUUUUUUAGGGCAAAAUUAUUCACAGUGAAGGUUCUGGUUUUAAUGUUGGCACUUUUGUGAAAUAAUUUUGGGACUCUGAAAUUUCAGUGUAUACUCAACUGUAAAAUUAUGUGAAUGUUUUAAAAAAUCUGAGACUACAUGAUGACCAUGUUUUAAUAAUCCUUGAAAAAGUUAAUUGUAUAAAGUUACUGCAGCUUUAUUUUCAACAUGAUGUGCCUGUAAAACCAUGAUUUUCCCCUUUGUAAAAAGAGACAUUGUAGAUAACUUGAAUGUUUAAUUAUAGAAAAGGUCAUUAGUUUCUUGUUACACAUUUUUAGUCUGGUUUUGUUGCUUUUCACGGUUAAUAUUCUUGAAAAUAGUUGAUGCUGUUAUGUAUAACUUUUCUAAUAAAAGUUGUGUUAUAAGCUGUUA